CUUUAAAGCUCAGUUGGGUUUUUAUCCCUUUAGUUAAUGCCACGCAUUGGGAUUUAAGACCCCUCUAAUGAGCCAAAAAAAAAACACAAAAAGAUUUAAGACCUCUCUGCCUUAUUAAGUGCAUGUAGCAAUCAGUUUUCAUGCUUUUCCUGUCAGUCUCUGUGGUUCUGAAUUUUUCUCAGGAUCAGAAUUGAUAAAUCAGCUUUCUAAUUUCUUCAUCACAUUCAUGCUCCAGACAGAUGUGCCCUUCUAAAAAUUUUCCCAAUUUGGUCCCCAAUUGAAGGGUUUGUUGGGUUUGAAGAACAAUUUCCUUCAAAAUAAAUUCAUGCCAUAAAACUUGUUAAGCAACCAUGUAGUUUUGUUCAUAUUUCAUCAGGCCUUGCUUCAUUUUCUCCUAUAUGCUUUCUUAAUUUGUGUAUGUAGAAAUGGCUUGGCAGGUUAGUUCUCUCCUCCAAAUGCUGUUCCAUUUGACACUGAUAUUCUGUCUCAGUGUUGCCUCCAUAAGCUCAUUAGAGGAAGAGGCUCUUUUUCUUUUGGUGUUCAAAACAUCUCUUUCUGAUCCUAGUAACAAUCUUGAAAGCUGGAAUUCAUCAUAUUUUACUCCUUGCAAUUGGACUGGUGUGGGGUGUACCAAUCACAAGGUAACUUCUAUAAAUCUCACUGGUCUUAAUUUGUCUGGCACUUUGUCUCCAAGCAUUUGCAAUCUACCUUACUUAACUGAAUUCAAUGUGUCCAAGAACUUCUUCUCUGGUCCCUUUCCUAUGGAUCUUGCAAAAUGUCAUAAUCUAGAGAUUCUAGACCUAUGCACAAAUAGGUUUCAUGGAGAAUUGUUAACCCCUUUCUGCAAAAUGACCACCCUUAGAAAGCUUUACCUCUGUGAGAAUUAUGUGUAUGGUGAAAUGCCUGAGGAGAUAGGGAAUUUAACUUCACUUGAAGAGCUUUUCAUUUACAGUAAUAAUCUUACUGGCACCAUUCCCAUAUCAAUUAGUAGGUUGAAAAGGCUCAAGGUCAUAAGGGCUGGUCGAAAUUCCCUUUCAGGGCCAAUACCAACUGGUAUUGGUGAGUGUCAGAGCUUAGAGGUUCUUGGGUUGUCACAGAAUCAGUUAGAAGGAUCCCUUCCUAGGGACCUUCACAAACUUCAAAAUCUGACUGAUUUGAUCCUAUGGCAAAACCAUUUAAGUGGUUUGAUUCCUCCUGAGAUUGGUAAUAUAAGUAGGCUGCAAUUGCUUGCCUUGCAUGUAAAUUCUUUCAGCGGAAUGCUUCCGAAAGAACUUGGGAGGUUAUCGAAGCUAAAACGAUUGUAUAUCUAUACCAACCAGCUGAAUGGAAGUAUUCCAAGUGAACUACGGAAUUGCACCAGUGCUCUUGAGAUAGACCUUUCCGAAAAUCAGUUAAGCGGAUUCAUACCCCGGGAGUUAGGCUACAUUCCUAAUCUCUACUUGAUUCACCUUUUUGAGAACCGUCUACAAGGAAAUAUUCCUAGGGAGCUUGGGCGGUUGAAGCUGCUGCAGAGGUUGGAUUUGUCUAUAAAUAAUUUGACAGGCACAAUCCCACUAGAAUUUCAGAAUCUUACUUGCAUGGUUGAUUUGCAACUAUUUGAUAAUCAUCUUGAGGGUAGAAUUCCUCCUAGCCUAGGAGUUAACAGCAACCUCACUAUUCUUGACAUGUCUGAAAAUAAUCUUGUUGGUCGCAUACCUCCGCAUCUUUGCAAGUAUCAGACGUUGGUAUUUCUAAGCCUAGGGUCAAAUAGGUUGUCUGGAAAUAUUCCUUAUGGGAUUAAGACAUGCAAGUCUCUAAUGCAGCUAAUGCUAGGAGACAACAUGCUUACAGGAAGCCUCCCCAUGGAGUUAUAUAAUCUUUCUGCUCUUGAACUCUUUGAAAACCGAUUCUCAGGACCAAUACCUCCAGAGGUUUGCAGGCUUAUAAAUUUAGAAAGGCUACUCUUGUCUGAUAACUACUUUUUUGGGUAUCUUCCUCCUGAAAUUGGGAAUCUAUCGCAGCUCGUGACCUUCAACGUUUCCUCUAACAUGCUUUCAGGGAGCAUUCCUCAGGAGUUGGGGAAUUGUAUGAAACUACAAAGACUUGAUCUUAGUAGGAACUACUUCACUGGCAAUCUCCCAGAAGAACUCGGAAAGCUAGUGAAGUUGGAACUUUUGAAGCUUUCGGAUAACAAUUUGAUGGGAGUAAUACCAGGUACUUUAGGGGGCCUGGCUAGACUGACUGACUUGCAAAUGGGGGGAAAUCAUUUCUCUGGUAGCAUCCCAUUUGAGCUGGGUCAACUCACUGCUCUACAGAUUGCCCUCAACAUUAGCCACAAUGAUCUUUCAGGCGCAAUUCCUGAAAAUUUGGGGAACUUGCAGAUGCUGGAAUCUCUAUACUUGAAUGACAAUCAGCUUGUUGGUGAAAUUCCUGCCUCAAUUGGUGAGUUGCUUAGCCUUCUGGUGUGCAACCUUUCUAACAAUAACCUAGUGGGAACUGUGCCAAACACCACCGCAUUUGGAAGGAUGGAUUCUACAAAUUUUGCUGGAAACUAUGGCUUGUGCAGAUCAGGUUCAAACAAUUGUCACCCAUCUACAGUUCCAUCUACUACUCCGAAGCGAAGCUGGUUUAAGGAGGGUUCAUCUAAAGAGAAACUAGUGAGCAUCAUUUCUGUUAUAAUUGGAUUAAUUUCCUUGUUUUCUAUAGUGGGUUUCUGUUGGGCAAUGAAGCGCCGUGGACCUACUUUUGUUUCACUUGAAGAUUCCACAAAGCCAGAAGUGUUAGACAACUAUUACUUUCCUAAGGAAGGUUUCAAAUACCAGGACCUUGUUGAAGCUACUAGCAGUUUUUCAGACAGUACAAUUAUAGGAAAGGGAGCAUGUGGCACUGUGUACAAAGCUGUUAUGGCUGAUGGUGAGGUGAUUGCAGUCAAAAAGCUCAAGGCACAAGGAGACGGAGUAAGCGUCGAUAGCAGCUUCCGUGCUGAGAUACUGACCCUUGGAAAGAUCAGGCAUUGUAAUAUUGUCAAGCUCUAUGGAUUCUGCUACCACCAAGACUCAAAUCUUCUCUUGUAUGAGUACAUGGAAAAUGGCAGCCUAGGAGAACAUCUCCAUGGAAAUGAACAAAGAUGUUUUCUUGACUGGAAUGCUCGGUAUAAGAUUGCUCUUGGAGCAGCAGAGGGUUUGUGCUAUCUCCAUUAUGAUUGUAAGCCCCAAAUCAUCCACCGUGACAUAAAGUCAAAUAACAUUUUAUUGGAUGAAGUUCUUGAAGCACAUGUAGGAGACUUUGGCUUGGCUAAAUUGAUUGAACUCCCAUACUCAAAAUCCAUGUCUGCUGUUGCAGGCUCAUACGGCUACAUUGCCCCAGAGUAUGCUUACACAAUGAAAGUGACUGAGAAAUGUGACAUCUAUAGUUUUGGGGUGGUUCUGCUGGAACUAGUCACCGGAAAGUCACCUGUUCAACCACUGGAGCAGGGCGGAGACCUAGUCACGUGGGUGAGAAGGGCAGUAAAUAACGCCAUGGCAACAUCUGAAAUAUUUGACAAGAGGCUUGAUCUGAGUGUGAAAAGGACAACUGAAGAGAUGACUCUAUUUCUCAAGAUUGCUUUGUUCUGCACCAGUACAUCCCCAGUUAAUAGGCCAACAAUGAGGGAGGUGAUUGCAAUGAUGAUUGAUGCAAGGGAGUCUCUGAGCAAUUGCUCAUCAUCACCAACAUCUGAGACUCCUUUAGAUGAAGGUCCUUCAAAAGGUUGUAUGGAGUUAUAACCCAGAAGCGCACUUCAUCUGCCAGAAACUUUGUGUGUUCUGCCAUACUACUACAUAUUGAAUGAGAAAUCUGCCCUCUCACUUGGAUUGCUCAAGAAAAUAAAAGAUUUCUAUCAAUGAUCUGCAUUUUACUGACCAUCUGCUCUGCCUCAAUUGUAUUAAGAGUGGUUUUAGAAGCAUAUUAUUUUCUCUGUAAAGAAAGCUCACCACUCUGACCCAAUCCCAAAAUUUAUCAAGCAUGAUCUCUAUAGCUUCUCUUCCAUCCA